GCCAAGAUGGCUGCCAGUUGGCUGCCAGUUGGUUGUCUUAUACGCAGGUCCAGUGUCUAUACCAUUACCCUUCCAAAGCUCAGAACGAGAGAUGAAAACCGAAAACGUUUAAAAUUAUCGUAAAAAGAAGUGAAAUAAUUCGAAAACGUAAGUCAGUUCUUAUGAAAUGUCUGUUGCUGUGAUAAAUUUCUUUCAAUGUCUCCUGCCACUUUUCAGCCGAUUAAUGAAAACACAAAGCAUUCGAAACUCGCUUAUAUACUUCUUAGCAUCACAGGUGGAACGGCCGUAACUAUUUCACUGCUAGCUGCUCCUUUCUUAUCCCCCGCAUUUCGAAAAAUAUGCUUACCGUACGUUCCUGCUACGUCCACUCAGAUGAGUAACGUGAUGAAAGCUCUGAGAAACCGUUCGGGAAAAUUGGUCGACUUGGGUAGCGGAGAUGGACGAAUAGUGCGAUUGGCCACUGCCCAUGGGUUCGAAGCUGUCGGCGUAGAACUGAAUAUUUGGCUGAUAUUGUAUUCACGUUUUUCGUCAUUUACGAACGGACUUUCCUCGAGCGCGAAAUUUUACCGUAAGAACAUAUGGUCGUUCGAUUUGAAGCCGUAUUCGAAUGUAAUUUUAUUUGGAGCCGAAAACAUGAUGGACGUAAUGGAAAAAAAAUUAGCAACCGAAUUGUCAAACGGAAGUGUCGUGAUCACGUGUCGAUUUCCUCUUCCCAAUUUUAAAGCCGUCGAAAUUAUUGGCGAAGGGCAGGAUACCGUUUGGAAAUACGUGUUCAGAACUGACGCUCAGACCUGAGACGAUGGUAGAAAAUGCACCAGUUGCGAUAAUAUUCUGAUUUUUAAUUUUCGAAAUACAUCGCCGUAAGUUGUAA